GAAAGCAACACUCUGACAUUCCGUUUUCAGACAAGUGCACAUCGGGUUAGCACGCGCGGGCUGCUGCGUUUUUAAAUUUGUGUCCUCUAACUCGACUGAAAAAGUCGUUAGGCUUGCGGUUUAUACGGAGUGUGUUUCGUUUUUUUUUGACGUAUACGAGAAAUCGAAGUGCAUUUGUUUGAGCUUAUCCGAUACGACCUAUAGCGAUGUGUAGUGUGUGUUGUACUGCACUGGCAAUAAACACUCGUAUCGACCGCAAGUUAUUCUAAACUACACACUAUACGCUGUAGGCGCAAACAUGAAAUAUGCUGCAACUAUAAUUAGCAUCCCAUUUUUCCAUAUUCACCGUAUAAAAAGGUUAAACAAACAAGGGAGAUAAAAAAUGACGAAAUAUACAACGAUCUUGCUCAAGUUUAAUCCAAAUAUUGUGCAUAGACUUUACUUAAACACAUAACAAUGGCGGACGCGCGAUGAACUAGCCCGUUUUUGUUGAAAAGAGACUUAUUCGAAAAGUGCUACUACGCAAGGUGCUAAUUCUUACGUCGCCGGGAAAAUUUAUGUGUGUUUUAAGUGCUAAUUGUGAAAAUUAAGUGAUCUAAUAAAGGAGAGUAAACAUGGGACAAAGCAAAACGACGAAAAAAGAAGUCAAACAGCUGACGAAAGAAGAAUUGAGCCAAAUUAAAAAGGAGGCAGCCCAAAGGUAUACCGACACCAGUUGGCAUAUCUUCCACCAAAGCAGAAAAAAGUCCCCGACGGCACUCGAAAAUGGCAGCGAAACGUGCGAUAAGCUCGAGAAUGUCGACCAACAGAAAGAAAAAUCAAGUUCGGUACCAGUAUCGAACGGAACCAUACCAAAUAGUAACGAUGCAGUGCCAAAUUCUAACGGAGAAACAAACAAAUCUGACGGCACCGAGACCCCACCGUCUAAUAAUGAUUACGAGAGAAUCGACGGUCCCGAAUCCUUGCAAGUCGUGCAAAUUGAAACCGUGGAAGUGACCUAUGAACCUGCCAAAAGUCAAGUCGAAGUUGUUUUGCAUACCCACGAUGAGCCAGUGAAGAAUGGCACAGACAUACAUAAAAUGCUGAGGUCAACAUCGUACAACGGCUUCGGCGAGGCCCUCACGAGCCAGCCGAGAUCUUCCAGGGGAAAUUCAAAUAUAUCCGGCGGGAUGGAUUUGAGCUACGUGACGGAAAGGAUAAUAUCCAUGUGGUUUCCAUCGUCCACGACGGCGCACUCCUACCGGCAAGGCCAGCAGCAAGCCGCGCAUAUGCUGAGGAACAAGCAUGGAGAUAACUAUAUGGUGUUCAAUCUAUCCGAACCCAAACGAGCCUUAAGGAGCGAGCAUAAGCACGUGAAGGAGGUGGGGUGGGCCCUCAACCUGGCACCACCUCUGGAAAGACUAUGCAGCGUCUGUAAGGAGAUCGAUUCCUGGCUCUCCGGAGAUCAACACAGGAUUGCGGUCUUACAUGCGAGGGGAAGCAAAGACAAAUUAGGGAUAAUAGUGGCUGCAUAUAUGCACUAUUCAAGUAUCUGUGGAAAUGCAGAACAAGCCUUGGACAGGUUUUCCAUGAGAAAGUUUCUGGACGACAACGUAGGAGCACUACUCCUACCUUCCAACAAAAGAUAUGUAGACUAUUUCGCCGGACUUCUUUCCCACAACAUCAAAAUUAACGCCGCCCCCAUGUAUCUCACACACGUCACAGUGUUAGGGGCACCGUCUUUCCAACAUGGUGGCUGCAAAGCUUUCCUGAAGCUGUAUGAGGGUCAUACACCUGUCUAUACAUCGGGUGUCUACUCGGUAUCGAGUGGUGUCAGCCAGUUUACCGUAAACGUAACGGGCGAAGGACGGCGGGGCCUGCAGCUCCGUGGAGAUAUUCUGAUAAAGUGCUAUCACAGGGGCGACGCGGGCAGGGAGACCAUCUUCGCGUGCCAAUUCCACACUUGUGCCGUGGCGGAUCACACGCUCAGCUUCACGCGACAGGAACUCGACGUCGCCUGUAAUGAUCCCCGGUUCCCCAUCGACGGGGCUGUCGAGCUACACUUCUCGCCCGGUCCGGAAGGCCGCCAUCCAGUCCCUGCGCCCACGCCGGCAGUGCCCUUCACCCUCGCCGACGACCCCGUGACCAGGGCGGACAGCCCGCUACUUCUUGAGGACUACGACGACGAAGAGGACUUCGAAGACGACGACGUAAACCACACUUUCGGACCGCUGGACGGCAGUAUCUACGCCACCAUCGCCAAGAAGCCGGAACUGUCACCCGGUGCAGUGUCGAGUCCGUUGACGGUGUCGAUGGACAGUGGCAUUUCUUCGGCAGGACACCAGCAGAACGCCAACACCAACGCCUCCGCCAGCCCCCCACCGACGGCCCAGCCCUCUCCGCUGACCCCCGAGGACCAGCACCGAGAGCUCGACGAGCUGCUCUCCGACAUGAUGCUGACCGUCCAAAGCAUUCCCGACCUGAAGCCGCACCAGGAGUCGGCCGCGGACGGCGACUUCGGCCUCGAGAAUGUGCGCUACAUAGACGAGGAGGAGGACAAGAACAUUCCCUACCACGCACGCCAGUCCAGCCAGCCGUUCAGUUACGGCGUCAACACGACCAUGAUCACCGACUCCAAGGGGCUGUCCAGCCCCAGCCUGGUCCGUAAGGCGAGCGUCAACAAGAGUUCCGGUGACACACUGCGGAAAGUGCAAACCCAAGUGUAUCCGGACUUUUCCUCCUCGAAACCAGUGCCGAACUUCUCGAACUCGCCGGUGUCCAACUAUAACACCCUCAACAAGUACUCCGGGUACAACUCGCCCCCUCCUACGACGCUGAGGAAGAACGACCCCAUCGACGACAUUUUCACCACCAGUGCGUUGAGUGCUCAGCCGAUCAAGCGUGAUUUCCGCGAGGAAUACUACAAGGACGAGAUAAGGCGAUACGAUCCCUUGAAAAGGAGUCUGACGGAGGGGACGAUUCGGAGGAGUCCCGAGAAGAUUACGGCAAAUUACAAGACUUCCAACUCGGUGGUCACCAGCCCCUAUUCGGAUUCGGAAAGUUUGUCGCCCCCCGGGGCCUUCAGGAAUUCGACCAAGUCGCCGGAGUUCCACGAAACAUACACAACCGGAAGCAACCUAACAUGGCUGCAGCGUCAACAACAAAAACUCAAAGAACGGAGAGAACACCAACUGAGAGAGGAGAGACAACCUCACGAAACGAGACUGCUCUCGGAACUAAGAAGCGUCCAAAGCAGACACAUGGGGCCGACGGCCAGCCACCGCUUGGACGGCUACACCAGCGACACAACAGCCUUCGCUGACGACGACGACGACUACACCAUACCCCUGCAUAUCAACACACCGGGAUCCACCUCCAGCUACAGCACGCUGAAGUCGACGUACUCUACUACAAAAACUGAGAGACCUUUCAUGACGGUCAAAAGGGCUCAUGAAAAAUAUGCGCAGAACUCCAACCAAUCUCCAGCAUCCAUAUUGGCAGCUAACCCCCUAGGCCAAAUCAUAAGGCCACCCUCAAGAGGAAGCCAAGAUCAGGUGGACAGCGGCCUGCUGUCCCUGGUCGAACAGCAAGAGCAAUAUAACAAAACCAAUAGUUCCCGCUAUAACCAAACCAUGGUGGGUAUUGAAAAUAGCGAUAGUUCACCUACAGACUCACGAACAGACAGCACCCGCAUUGACGCACUCAAUGAUCUGAUCGCUAACUUAUCCAGUGGCUCUGAUAAGUCUAGUAAUAGCCCUAACACUACAUCUGCAUGGCAGUAUCGAGAGGACUCGAUUCAGUCUUGGCGUUCCCAGGAUGUCGACUCCAGUCCAUCGCACAACUCUUCACCAAGGCCACAAACUCCCGCCUUCCCAGUGCACGCCCGAACCCCAUAUACCAAUGCCUCGACACCCACAGUGCAGUUCGAUUUACCCUCCGAACGAUUACCACCAAAAAGUCCUACAACCCAGCGCCGAUUGAGUUAUCCAUCAUCAGUUACUAAAAAUACAAUGAAGUGGUCGCUUUCUCCCGAGAGAAAGGACCGACCCACUUCACCAACAGAUUUGACAAACGGUUCAGGCUCCGAAUACACACAUACUAUAACCCAUAGGAGUAUAUCUGCGACACCGACUUCGGGAUUUAGAGACUCCACAGAAAACUAUCAGCACAGCCCAAAGAGCCCCUCUUACAAUGGAUCGUCUUCGCCGACAGUGUACUACGGAAAUUCUAGGCGAAGUUCCGUUAAUUCGGCCAAUGAGUUACCUCAUGAAGUUGCGGCAGCUCACGUUAAGUUUGUCAGGGACACUUCCAAGUUUUGGUACAAGCCUACUAUUUCUAGAGAACAAGCUAUAAAUAUGCUAAGAGACCAGCUACCAGGCACUUUCGUGGUAAGAGACUCCAAUUCAUUCCCUGGGGCUUUUGGAUUGGCCUUGAGGGUUGCCACGGUGCCUUCGAGUGUUCAAAACAAGUCACACAGCAGCGAUGAACUAAUUCGUCACUUCUUAAUCGAACCUACCUCCAAAGGGGUGAGACUAAAAGGUUGCCAGAACGAACCGGUUUUUAGCUCUUUAUCCGCUCUGAUAUAUCAGCAUUCGAUCACCCAGAUGGCACUACCGUGUCGAUUAAUAUUACCGGAAGGUGACCUUAGAUACACCGAACAGAAUACGCCAUCACUGUACACUCAAGGUGCAGCGUGUAAUGUUAUGUACCUUACGACUGUGGACAUGGAAUCACUAACAGGACCGCAGGCUAUCAAGAAAGCGGUGAUGAAUCUUUUCCAGAUGAAUCAAGACGCAGUGAAAACUGCUACCGUGCAUUUUAAAGUAAGCGACCAAGGAGUCACACUGACAGACAAUAAGAGGAAGUUGUUCUUCAGGAGACAUUACCCUAUCAAUACCAUAUCACACUGUGGGUUAGACCCCGAUGAACACCGAUGGCUCGUUAACGUUGAAGAUACGGGAUCCGCGAAGAGUUCAAAUCGAAUAUUUGGAUUCGUAGCAAGGAAGCCGAAUGUAAAUAACCCGGACAAUCAGUGCCAUCUGUUUGCCGAGCUAGAACCUGAACAACCCGCCACAGCAAUUGUUAAUUUCCUAAAUAAAGUGCUUUCAUCUAGCGGUAUCAAGCCCAACAUUGUAUAAAAAUUAGCUACUAAUCUUUAAAGGAGGAUGAAAAUUAUCACAUCACAAUUUAAUUUAUAUCAAAAUUUAUCUGCCAGUAUUUAAAAAAUACUUAAUAAAAUUAAUGUAUAAAAGUUAAAAUAUGUUCAAAAAAGUUUAUUCCGAAGUCACAAAAUUAUAAUUAACUAGUCCACUUAUUAUUUAAUGAAGUUUAGGUUUUAAGAAAUUCUAUUUUUAUUUUUUUUGGAGUACUAUUGUAUUUCACAAAAUAAUGUAAAUAUAUUUAAGUAACACUAAGUGUGCCUGUCUAUUUUUAUUAUUUUACUUUGAAACCACAUUUUGUUUGAAGGUGAAGUGCUUUAAAUAUUUUGAAUAUUAGCAUUGUUCACGAUUUUUUUUUUAUCGUUUUCAAGAAGAAUUCUACUGGACCUUGUUAGUGUUUUUGUUAUGAAAAAUUAACAAAAAUCAUUGUGGUAAGCCAAUACAAUUAGUUUUUUGCCAAGGUAUCGGUGGAGUAUCUAUUAUUUUACUUUUACUUUGACAUAUACUAUAUAUUUUUUCAUUUUUAUUCAUACAUAGUUUUUUCAUAUUCCAUACACUAACAAAGUCAUUUAACAUCGUAAACGUAACUCGAAGCCAGGGUAAUAAGUAAAUUUAGUAUAAAAGUAUAUUGUGCAAAUUUAUUUUCAGCGCUAUUAUUUUCUAUAAUGAAUCUCUGAUACAUUAAAGCUUACAUUAACAAAUACAUUGUUAUAGUUUAAUAGAAUUUAAUAUAUUCAUUAUAAUACCUAUGUAAAACUUUCAGUUUCAUUAAUAGUACAAAAAUAAUUUUAACACAUGAAGUGUCAAACAAUCAAACCUGUAUAAUUAUAUCAAAUACCUAUAUAUACUGUUAUCUAUAAUAGAUAUAUAACAAUGGUGUAUUUAGAGAGGAUAUAUUAAAAUAUAAAUACUAAUUAAAAGUUGUCAUUUU